AUGAAGACGGUGAAGACAACAACGCGUACGUCGACGUCUGCCAGCGGCGAGCUGGUGAAGACGAUCGAGGUGGAGACCACGACGGAGACGGAGACGAAGUCCGGCGAGAAGAGCACGACGGUGGAGAUAGAGAUGCUUGAGGAGAAUGAUUUUAAGCGUGGGGACGGAGGUGUUGGCACAACUGAGACGACGAUGGAGGUGACGAAGGCGACGGAGACAGUGACGAGCGAGGACGUAAGAGCCUUGGCAAGUAGAGACGUGAGUGGCGACGUGACCCGCAGUGUGGCUGAACGCGGCGGCUACGCUGUAUCAUCUGGCUGGACGAGUGACGCGGGCUCGGGAUCGAGCAAGCAGACACCCGAGACCUCCGAGGAGACGGAGACGGUUGUCGAGGUGACCACGACGGAGGAGACUCCUAUGACGUCGGAGGACGUUUCUGGCGAUAAGAAGAAGAAGGUGAGUGGCCUGGCGACGGCUGCCAUCGGUGUCGCUACGGCCGCUGCCACUGGCGGUGUGAUCGGCUCUGCUGUGCAUGCCACCCGUUCCAAGCCUGAACACGGCGAUGAUGGCUCAACUGCUACAACAAGGGAGGUGAAGAAGGCGACGGAGACGACGGAGACGGUGAUGAGUGAUUUUUUUGGUGGUUUGAAGCAUGGACUCGUCUCUUCUGAAAUAGCAGGGAAUGUGAAUUUGACGUACGAGGACACGCUUGUGGUUCUGGGUCUCUGUAAAGGCGAUUCGAAGAUGCACAAGGCGAAGGAAUCUUUGUUUAGAUGGACGUGGCAUGCUCAGUUUGUGAGCUUUUGUGAAAGAAGGGGUAAAGACGUCGAGAAUAUUGUCUCACAUGAGGUCCGUCAGCUUUCGCGUGAUUUCUGCUUGACGAAUCUUUCAAACUUCAGUGACAACUUUUACGAGACUGGUUCGUUGGAUGAAAAGCAAGCAGCUUGGAACGUGUCUCAGACGUUGUCAGUACAGUUCCCCGAGCUUGCUGCUCACGACUUUGGUCUUGAGCUCGGACAGUUCAAGCGUGUUUUGGUGAUCGAUGAAGUGUCCGAUAAGAACAGGAAGGUCCCAGACGCCGCCAAUGCACGAGUUCUGACCUCCAUGCUGAAGAAAUCGCCUAAGCUGUCCGGUGGUUAUGAAAAUGUGCUGAUCACGCAGGGCGGUGAGACGGUCUUCUAUGGCCCCGCGAAGUUCAUCAUUCGGCUCUUCCAAGAGUUUGGGUUUGCCCAGCCACAGAACAUCGACAACGAGGAGUUCUUGCUUGGCCUAAGUGGUAGCGGUACCAGCCAGUACCGCGUCACUGUCGUUGAUCGUGCAAACGAGGACAAGGAGAACCGACACGUCCAAAAUAUCUCUUCAUUCGUUAACUUCCCUGACGAUACCGUUCUCUUGACAGAAGCAAACCUGAAAUCUGUUCCUAACGAAAAACAAGACGAAAAUCUGCAAAAUCCCGCACCAACAAUAAAUCGGAGCCCGCAUCCUUCCAAGCUCAAGCAUGCCGUUUCGAAAUCAACCGCGACCGAUGUUGAGCCCAGCUCUGCCGCUGUGGUGGCUGCUGGCACAGCUGCGAUGCGUAGUCUAUAUACUCGCCACGCACGCGAGGGCAGCAGCAGCUUGGAGUCAAUGACGUUCUCUGCAGACAUCGAUGCGGCUGCGCAGGAGAUCCAGCGCGUGUGCACUGGCGCAGCUUCUGACGAGGCAGCGCUGGCGUCGCUGCUGCUGUCGAAGACUGUGGAGCAGCGUUAUCUGAUUUGGUGGCGUUACCGCAUCCUGUUCAAGCAGAGUCUGACGGUGUGGGUGAAGAGCACGAGCAACUACGGCGUUCUGCUCCAGAUGCUGGCGAGUCCUUUAGAGCAAGUGGAGGCGGAGAUUCUGCGCAAGGCGACAAAGGGCCUAGGCACUACAGAGGAGUGGAUCUACCCGGUGGUGAUGGCUCGCUCGAACGCUGAGAUCGCGCUAUUGAAGAAGACGUUCCAGGAGAAGUACGGCGAGGACCUGGUGAAGGUGCUAAGCAGCGACCUGAGCGGCGAUCUGAAGAAGGUGAUCCUGGCGGCUAUGCGUGGCGAGGUGGCCGACUUCAACGCGUCGAUCCACACGAGCGCGAAGGCUGCUGCGGAUGCGGAUGCGUUGUACAAGGCCGGUGAAGGCCGCAUGGGCACAGAUGAGAUGACGUUCAUCACCAUCCUAGUGCUAAGCCCUGCUGAGCACUUGCGCAACAUUAACACUGCGUACAUUGCGAAAUACAAUACGGGCCUGGUGGGCGCAAUCACCGCGGAGUUUUCUGGCGGCGCGAAGCAUGCGCUGCUGUUCCUGGUGCGGUCGGUAUUGGAGCCGGUGGAGCUACUGGCGCAGCUGUUCGAGACGACGCUGACGAGUGCCGGCAAGAGCGCGUACGGUGUGAGCGCGUGGGUUGUGCGGUACUACCGUCUUCUUGUGCGCAUUCGUACUGUGUACAUGCGCCUAUACGGCCAAGAGCUGCGCACGCGAAUCCAGAGCGUGGCGAGCGGCGAGUACGGCCAGUUGCUUCUGUCGGUGUUUGAUGCGGCGGAGGUGGAAUUCGGUGCGUCUGCGUCGGAAUCUGGUUCGACUAGUGGUGCUGCUGUGAGGAGUUCGAGCACUGUCAUGAGUGACUCGCGCGCUUCUGUGAGUGGUGCUGCCAUCGGCAUGAGUGCUUCGGUGGAUGAGAAGGCAAGCGUUUCGUCGAGUGGUGUAGUGAGCGCGCGUGCUACGGAGAGUGUGGCUGGCACGAGGAGCGUGUCUGACAGCUCGAAGACGGAGACGUCUGGCGUGAGCGGUGAGCCCAGCUCUGCCACUGUGGUGGCUGCUGGUACAGCUGCGAUGAGUAGUCUUUACACUCGCCACGCACGCGAGGGCAGCAGCAGCUUGGAGUCAAUGACGUUCUCUGCAGACAUCGAUGCGGCUGCGCAGGAGAUCCAGCGCGUGUGCACUGGCGCAGCUUCUGACGAGGCAGCGCUGGCGUCGCUGCUGCUGUCGAAGACUGUGGAGCAGCGUUAUCUGAUUUGGUGGCGUUACCGCAUCCUGUUCAAGCAGAGUCUGACGGUGUGGGUGAAGAGCACGAGCAACUACGGCGUUCUGCUCCAGAUGCUGGCGAGUCCUUUAGAGCAAGUGGAGGCGGAGAUUCUGCGCAAGGCGACAAAGGGCCUAGGCACUACAGAGGAGUGGAUCUACCCGGUGGUGAUGGCUCGCUCGAACGCUGAGAUCGCGCUAUUGAAGAAGACGUUCCAGGAGAAGUACGGCGAGGACCUGGUGAAGGUGCUAAGCAGCGACCUGAGCGGCGAUCUGAAGAAGGUGAUCCUGGCGGCUAUGCGUGGCGAGGUGGCCGACUUCAACGCGUCGAUCCACACGAGCGCGAAGGCUGCUGCGGAUGCGGAUGCGUUGUACAAGGCCGGUGAAGAUCGCAUGGGCACAGAUGAGACGACGUUCAUCACCAUCCUAGUGCUAAGUCCUGCUGAGCACUUGCGCAAUAUUGACGUUGCGUACUCAAAGAAAUACAAGAAGACGAACAUCAUUAAGGCAAUCAAGGGUGAGUUCAAGGGCGACGCUCAGGCGGCACUGCUCUUCCACGUGCGGAUGGUGUUUGAGCCGUUCGAGCUGUUGGCAGAACUCUUCGAGAGCACGAUGAAGGGUCUGGGCACGGAUGAGUACGGACUUAGUGCGGCUGUAGUACGCUACCAAGCCAUCCUUCCACAGAUCAAGGUUGCAUACAAGAAACUGUACGGGAAGGAGCUGAGCAGACGCAUCCGCGGCGACACCAGCGGCGAGUACCGCGAUCUGCUCCUGGCGCUCGUGAACCGCCAGUAA